AUGACCGUCCCCAUGAACGUCCAGCCUCCCAAGGCUGUUGAGGUCGCUGCCGCCGCUGCCUCUGCCGCCGCUGUGCGAAAGCGGAGACGGCGCACACCUGCAGGCGGUGCUGCUGACGAUUGCUUCACCUGUUCCAAGAGGAAUGUCAAAUGUGACCGGAGACGGCCGUACUGCUCACAAUGUCUGGAAGUGGGCAACGAGUGCUCAGGCUACAAGACCCAGCUUACUUGGGGCGUCGGUGUUGCCAGCCGAGGCAAGCUCCGUGGCUUGUCUUUGCCCAUUGCAAAGGCACCGCCAGUGGCUCCCGGCUCAGGCAACCACACGCCGACUAGCCUCAAGAAGGACUCGAUUUCUUCGCCAGCACGCCAGCGGUCCGAAUCCACCGCCGGCAGCAUGAACUCGUGGAUGGACCGAGAGGCCAUGGCGGCAGCCGCUGUUCUUUCGUCCUCUGUCAACUCUGCAGUCUCGCCUCGGAGACACCACGCACAUGACGAUGGCGACCUCACCUACGACCGGUCUCCCUCCGUGUCUCAUGCCUCCUACUCGGGUUAUGAGUACUCGCCCAUGUCGGGCGACCAUGCUGCUCCGACGUCUGGCCCGAUGAAUGUCAAUGGCAUGGCAGUUCAGGUGCCCAUGUCCCAGCCGGACUGGGCUGCCGCGGCUGUGGCUUCACUCUCGCCCUUUUCUGGCAGUCUUCCGGCCGAACCACUUUCAUACCACCCGAACCAGCACGCGAACCAACACCACCAGCACAUGCAGGCACAACAGCAGCACCUUUCUACAUCCAUCGACUCGCUGAGCGAGGUAGACUACGUGUCCCCGAUACACCACACACUGUCCCGCGAAGAGAUUGCGUUUCUGCCCACUUCCACCGGCAUAAUGUACGACAGCCACCUGGCCGGAAACAACUCCCCGGUGCCUGAAAGCCCCAUCGCGGCUAUGAUGAUUGAGCAACGGGCAGCUCCGACGUCGUGCCCUAGUCUCGUCUAUGCUCCCUCCGAGCAGGACUCGAGCUUGACAUCGUCGCACCCAGACAACUUGGACGUGAAUCUAAGCGCCAAGCUUCUGCGGGAAUGUGACUCGAUGGGGACUCCUUCGGACAUGGACACCUUCAGUACGAGCGCUCAUUCCACGAGCCAGUUCUGGGGUCCCUUUACUGAGGGCGAAGCCUCGCCUCAAAACCAGGCGUCUGCAAUCGCUGGAGCCUGGCCGCCCAUGAUGGAGGACCAGAACACUGUACCAGUGACCUCGGAUCUGCUCGUGAAGAUGCCUUUCUUUAUGGAUUACUACGAAAACACAAUGUGCCCGUCCAUGGUUUUCAUUGACGGUCCAAACAACCCGUUCCGCGUUCACAUUAUGCAGCUUGCCCGCUCGAGCCGCAGCCUGCAGCAUGCUAUCUGUGCCCUGGCCUCUUGUAAUCUGCGGAUGAAGCGCAGGCUCAGCCUUGGACAGCACGGACGCGAUCUUUCGGAUACGUCUGACGAUUCGACAACCCCCGAGGACCUUUCUGUCACCGAGGAAUACCAACACCGCAACCUCGCCGUACACCUCUUGAACGAACAACUGAACGACCCCGUUAAAUCCCGCCACGAUUCCGUUUUGGCCACCAUACUUCUUCUUUGCCACUACCGCAUGGCGGAGUCGGGCAUUGCACGUUUCCACACGCAUUUUGCUGGCGUCAAGAAAAUUUUGAGCCUGCGCCGUUCAUCACCAUUCCCGCCCUCUCGCGACUGUGCUUGGAUGGAAUCCGUUUUCACCUACUUUGAUGCUAUUUCCGCGAGCAUCAACGACCGCGAAGGCCAGCUCAACACGUCAUUUUAUGGCGUUCUGCCCGACACCCAGCUCCUGUCACAGGGCGCUGAGAACCUGGUUGGUUGCGACCGCGAGUUGUUUCGGACCAUCGUAAAGCUUGGGCGUCUCAACCUCCUUUCGCAAAACCGCCCUGUACAGGACCUUUUGAAUCCCAGCGGCGGCGGCCAUGGAAACGGCGUAAUGGGCCGCCGUGGCUCCCGGACUCAAGGUUCGCGCCCUGACCGGUUCGUCAACGGUUUCGGGCCCACGCUGGAGGAAGAGGACAUUCUGCUGCCUGCUUCGAACCCCACCCCCUCGUCUUUGAACGACCCUCGCAUGUUGUUUUGGAGAGAGUGGAAGGAGGCUCGCAUUGCCCUCCAGUCGUGGGAGUUUGAUCCCCAGCGCCUGAUUGCCUCGCUGCAGGACUCGACGCCGACCAGCAGCACUCAGGUUCGCGACCUUGGGUCGCUUUCGGAAGCCUUCCGCUAUGCUGCGCUCCUCUAUACCGAGCGUCUUGCGAGCCCAAACGUGCCAUCGACACACAACAACUUCCGUAAUCUGGUCAGCCAGGUUGUCUACUACGCCACGAGCCUCGAAGCCGGCUCGUCUGCCGAGAAGUUCUUGCUGUGGCCUCUUUUUGUCGCCGGAAGUGAGUGCGUCAACGAACUCCAACAAAACAUUGUGCGCUCCAAAUGCCGCGAGAUCAUGUCCCGUUCAGGUUACAUGAACAACUUGGCAGCCCUCGACGUGCUGGAGCGCCUCUGGGCUAGCGAUUUCCAGGACCAGGACAACAUCACCCACCGGCGGGGACCUUUCAACUGGGCUCGCUGCAUUGGCGGUCCUGGCGUGGACGUCGAGUGGAUCAUGUUUUAA